AAAGAACUCUUAAAUUACAAAGGUGAUACAAAGGUGAACUCCACUCCAGGCCCAUAUGUUUACAAAAUUAGUGGUCAUAAUUACCAUAGAAUUGGAGGACUCAUACCUUUCCAUGGACAGUUGCCUAUAUUCGCUCAGCUUUAUGUUCAUGAUACAAAAAAUGAGAUCCACAAUCAAUUGUCUUCUUUGAAGACUUCUUUGAAGAGUGGGGAUAGUGCAAAAGAUCUUGAUGCAACCAUUGUCCAAGGCAUAAAGGACAUGCUCGACAUGUAUAACCGGAUUGCUAGAAUAUUCAGAAUGGCAAGAGAUAGAUUAUUUGCACCAAACAACAAAGAAGUUCACAUAAAGUUAAUUGGUACAAGAUCGGACAGUUCACGACAAUAUAUAAUGCCCACCACGUCAAAAAUUGCUGCUCUCAUUGUCGGAGAUUUUGGCCAAUCCAAUGGACGGAGAGAUAUAGUUGUAGAGCAUAAGAGAAAAUGUCUGCAAAGAUAUCAUCCUAAAUUCAUGGCAAUGCAAUAUCCUUUGUUAUUUCCAUAUGGUGAGGAUGGAUUUCACUUGGACAUUUUGCAUUCUCUAACUCGAGCAAGGAGAAGAAAAAACACUAAAAGAACAAAGGUUACAAUGAGAGAAUAUUAUGCUUACCGAAUACAACAAAGAAUCUGUGAAGCAAAUACUCUCAUUUGUGGUGGUCGAUUAUUCCAACAAUAUGUUGUUGAUGCAUACACGGCCAUAGAAGAAGAGCGACUACGUGGUAAGAGAAAAUUCCCCAAAAAGUUUUCUGCUGAAACAGUAGUAGAUGUGGAUGGCUUUCCAACAUAUAGGAGGAGGGACAACGGAAGACAUGUGAAAAAAGGAGACAUCAAUUUGGACAACCGGUAUGUUGUUCCAUAUAACCGAGGUUUGUUGCUGGCAUUUCAGGCUCAUCUAAAUGUUGAAUGGUGCAACAAGUCUAGAGCAAUCAAAUACCUGUUUAAAUAUCUCCACAAGGGCCCAGAUAGAGCAACAAUGUUGAUCCAAGAUAAUGUUUCGACAAACAAAACAACAAAUUCAACUAAGAUAACAACAGUUGAUGAGAUCAAAACUUUCUUGGAUUGUAGGUAUCUAUCAGCGUGUGAGGCAUGCUGGAGGAUAUUCAAGUUUGACAUACACUACCGAAGCACGUCCGUUACAAGAUUAAGCUUCCAUUUACCAGAAGAAAACUCAAUCACUCUAAGAGAUUCAAAUCGGUUGUCAACCAUCGUUGCAAGAGAACGAGUAAAUGAGUCAAUGUUUAUAGAGUGGAUGAGAAUGAAUUCCAUAAGCUCAGAAGCACAAAGGUUAACAUAUUCUGAGUUCCCCGAAAAAUUUGUUUGGGACAAAACACUCAAGAAAUCGUAAAAAAGGCAGGUUGGAAACACAAUUGGAAGAAUUUAUUAUGCCCAUCCAACCUCAGGAGAGAGAUAUUAUUUGAGAAUCUUACUGAAUAUUCUUCGAGGUCCAAAAAGCUAUGAACACAUUAAGACGGUAAAGGGGUUCAUUUAUGAUACAUUCAAAGAAGCAUGCUAUGUUCUUGGACUAUUGGAUGAUGACAAAGAAUGGAAUGAUGCAUUCGAAGAAUCAUCGAUAUGGGCCACGGGUUCUCAAUUAAGAGAAUUAUUUGUUACUAUUCUGCUUUAUGGAGAAGUAACAAAUAUAAGUCAGCUUUGGGAAAAUAAUUGGAAAAUUUUGUCUGAUGAUAUUCUCUAUAGAAAAAGAAAAUUGUUUCACCACUCUGAGUUGCAGCUGACUGAUGAACAGAUUCAAUCAUACUGCUUAAUUGAACUUGAAAAGAUUUGGGUGCAAAAUGGAAAAUACCUUUCCGAUUUCUCUAGAAUGCCGUUACCAAAUAGCAUUGCCUCGGAAGCCAUGGAGAAUCGCCUUAUUCUAGAAGAGCUGAAUUAUAAUGUUAUCGAGCUGAUAAAAGAACAUGAAAGGUGUCAUCCAUUACUCAAUGACCAACAAUUUAUUGUAUAUAAUCAUGUUUUAAAAGCAGUCGAGACAAACAUGGGUGGAGUCUACUUCGUAUAUGGCCAUGAGGGAACUGGUAAAACUUUUCUAUAUAGAACAAUCAUUGCCAAACUCAGGUCAGAGAAAAAAAUAGAUUAG